GAUCCUCGACCAGUACAGUGACCCCAAGGACUCCAAGGCUUACCUAGAGCCUGGCGAGGAGGCUACAGGGAAACUCUACUGUAGCCCGGACAAAGACUACAGCCAGCCAUACGCUGAUUUCUUGUCAGCAUCGUCUGAGGAGGGAGAGGAGGAGGAGGGUGGGUGUGAGGAGGAUGAUGGGGUGUACGAGCAUGUGGGGAUAGCAGCUCCUACUGUAGCGCCGCCGCGACGCAGCCCCUACUACUACGGCGACCUACUACAGGGGGAGGGGGAUGGCCCCAUGCCCCCGGACAUGAGCCGCCGGAGUCUGUACGAGACCGCCUUCGACUCCCGGAUCAGCAAGUCAGACGAUGACCUGGAUGUGGACAUUGUCAUAAACAAGUCUAUCCUGCCCGGAGGCAAACUGCCGCUGCCUCCCAAGCCCGGGCCUUCGUCGGCGUGCGCCACCACACCGGAGCGGCGCAAGGUAGUGCUGUCCAGGCAGGAGCUGGUGAGGAGGAAACCUAAAAGUGUCCUCAUCCGACGGGAUAAGUCAGUAGACAGUCUCCGGUUGAGAGAUAUAUCAGUUGACAGCUUGACAAAAGACUUAGACAGAGUAGAACUCCAUGAACCUCCUCUACCUUUGAGAGGGUUUGCUCCUCCAACGCCUCCUUCCAGUGCCCCCUUGCCAACAAAGUUCCCAUCUUCUCACUCUAUGGCGAGCGUCCACAGCGCUCCCAACCUACCUGGUGCUCGCCUGAAAGAUGCUAGACUACCCAUCAAGUCAGUUCGGUGUAGAAUAGAAGACGCGAGAGUCCUAGAGGGCCGACCGAGAAGCUUCAUCGCCGAUUCUAGCGAGAAGGUGGAUGAAGUGUAUUCUAGGCCGAAGAGUCUGUUCUGUCCUGAACAAAAAAUAGCUGAAAUUAAAAGCAGGCCAGAUUCAAGGACAGAAACAACAACAGCUUUCCUAACAACUGCUCAAGUGUUGGAGAUUAAAGGCAGGCCGAGACGAGUGCGAGUGAAGUACUCGAGCACUGAAAGCAUGGCCACAAGCAGCAGUGGUGGAAGUUUGGAGUCGAUUCGCAGCAGUACCAGCGAAGGUAACAGAAGCACCUCCAGCUCUGAGAGCCAUCGUAGCAGUUCCUUGAGUUCCCACAGUAGUGAUUCCGCAGGCAGCACUGGUUACCACAACCCGGUCGCAAACAUGCCAACAGGAUCACGUUUUUUCCACCAAAAGCUACAUAUCCUUUCACCUAUAUCGGACAAGUCAUCACAGGAGCAGGGCUCUGAGACGUCUGAAAACAACAAAAACAACAACUCGCAGAAAGCCUCUCCUGAAGAAAACACUUUGACCUCUACGACUCCCAUGACUGAGCAGAAUAGUUUCACCGUGGAGAACCCUACCGUACAGCUUCAGAAGCCUAAGAGAAGAACUCCUCAGAAUAAAAAUCUCAUUAAUUUAGGAUUAGGUCAAUGUUCUGGGGACUCAGAAACCCACCAAGGCUCUGAUAGUGGGAUCUCCAUCGAGUCCCGAUGUGGGAUGGGAAGCAGUCUGAACCAGAACGUUUCUGUGGACCUAAACGAUCUGCCCUUCGAUAUGCCCAAACUACGGAGACGGAGACUGGUGCAGCAGCCGGUCACAUCCGUGCAGGAUAUGUCAGGAUCUGCGACCUCAGUCGACCUGCGAGAACUUCCUUUUGACAUGCCCAAGCUGCGGCGGAGGCUACGAGUAGUUCCUCCCAGUACAGAGUCCAGUGGUCUUUCUCAGGCUUCCUCCAGUCACAGUGUACAAGAGCCAGAGUCCACCAGACCAGAGGCCCUGGGACGACCUUCCCUCACACUAGACCUGGACCAGUGUCGCCAACCUCGGUCCCUAGGAUUGAGUCUGGACCUUGGACCUUCCCUCCCCGCUUCCGACAUCCAGGUGGACCUUCCACUGGAGAGGCAAGGAUGGUACCAUGGAGCCAUCACUCGGCUGGAGGCCGAGAAUGUCCUGAGACACCAUGAUGAAGGCAGCUACCUCGUCCGCAACAGCGAGAGUUCUCGACAGGACUACUCCUUGUCUCUCAAGAGUGCCCGUGGCUUCAUGCACAUGAGAAUCCAACAAUGUCGGGAGACGGGCAAGUUUAUCCUCGGCCAGUUUAGCAGCCCCUUUGCCUCUGUGCCUGAGAUGAUACGACACUACACUGUCAACAGACUGCCCAUCCGCGGAGCUGAACAUAUGUGCUUGAAACUCCCAGUCAUAGAACAGCUGCUCUAGCUCUAGCCACUCUGGUAACAACUAUUCCAUCCACAAUGUCGCUGUCCAAACUAAGGAUCUCGCCAGUCAAGAAACCAAGCCAAAGAACUGAUGUUUGCAUUGUUAUUAUUAAGUUUAUAUUUUUGUUUGACUCCCUUAGUUGAUUAUUGUUAUGUGACCUUAGGUUAUUGUCUUGUUUGGAUGUUGUUCAACUGUUUGUUCAAAGAAAGUUUUUUGAAAACUCUACAUAUCUUAGCCAUUAUUAGCUAAUAAUAGCAUUGCUAGUUGUUUAUAAAGAAAACUUCUUGGAUCCAAAAUUGGUAAACAAUGAAAGGUUUGUUGUUACACAGGAAUCUUUUGAUAACCAAAAGAAUGUAGUGAGUGACUUGUAGAACUACUACGAAGAAUGUGCAAUAUUUAACAUUGAAAGAGUGAGUUGAACUUAUAAAUAAGAAAACUACUUACUUCCAUUUUCUAGCCAUUACCACUAGCUCAACUGAUCUUCCAUUACAUUUAUUGCUGUGAAGAGUCCAAAAAUUGUUAAGUGAUUUAUCACUUUACUUUUUUUACCUCUGUUAACUGUUAUUUACCAGAUGUUUUACAAUGCAAACUCAUCAAGUGACUGAAUUUGUUUUCUAACAUAGAAUAGCAAUCAAGAACAUUGUUACUCAAACCCUUUGUUUCAUAUUGAACUGUUUUUAAGUUAAUUGUGUGUAGCCUAAUUUUCAUUGAAUUUAGAAUUCUUAUCACGAAUCCACAUUUUAAUACCUAACAUUCUGUCAUAAAAAUAAACAGAUUUUGCGUAUUCAACUUUCCAGUGAACCACCCUUUUACAAUCAGACCUUAUUGUACUUAGUUCUUCAUAACCUCUCAUUUUUCAAUAUGAAACACAAGGAUUAUCAAAGGUAGAAGCCCAAAUACUAACUGUAUAGACAAUACUAGCUUGGGCAACUCAUGUAUAUGAUGUGUGUGUGUGUUGUAUCAUGUAGUGAUAAGUAAUUUUAACAUUUGUACCAAAUUAUAAGUUACCAUUACAACUAUAAUUUUGUUGAGUUAAAUUUCACUCGUUGAACUAGCAUACGAUUUUUAGAAUUAUUUUGUUUAUAAGUAUGUAAUAGUUCUGUUUUUACAGUACCGGUAGCUAUAUUUGGAGAAACUUAAUA